AUGCCAUGGAAUCCAAAACAUUUCCGGCUCCCGACAGCAUAUGACGAGAAGGGCGAUCUCCUGCGGCCAGACAGCGAUCAGAUUCCUUACCAGCCGAUUUUGGCAUUGGACAUGCGGAACGACAGUGGAGGAUCUACCCGUUGCAGCGGAAUUCUGUCCCGCGUGCACAUUCUCGGGACGCAGAUUUCAGGGGGUGAUCCAAAAGAAGUGACUCGGGUAGAACGUCUUAGGACUCCUGCCACGUUUACCGGAAUUUUGUUUGUACCAGUAUUUCUCUCCGGUUUCACUACAUAUGCAGGUCAGUUAAUUGCGGCGCUUCGAUUUGACUCUGAGGAUAAAUUGAUCCUCAGGGGCACGGGUAAUCAAGGAACAAUGAGAGGAUGUUAA